CGCCCCGGUGCUGUUUGAAUAUGCUAAUAAGGCCCUAAGGCCCAGCCAGUAGAACGGCGGGCCUGCGCGUCACGUGACGCGACUACGUGUCCAGGGGCGGGGCCUACGUGGCCCCUGCCCGAGUUAAAACCGGAGAGUGAGAGAGAAAAGCGCUUCAGUAGCGAGAGGGGCUGAGAAAGUGGUGACACCGCUGGGGUGCGGAGGGAGUCCCUGAAACUUCUCCCAACAGCCCCAGGGCCAAUCUCCCCUCAGCCCACUCCCCUCUCCGCCAGAUCCCUGGUCCCCACUCCCUGCACGGGGGGUGGGGUGGGGAGCUGGGCCCGUCUCCCGCGGGGACACACACAGGGGCCGGGAGUGGGGACGGGACCCCCCAGGCAGGGGGGACGGACGGACAGACGUCCGUGUGGCCGCCCCAGCGGGCAGACGGGCCAGAGGCGGGGGUGCGACCGGGAGGACCUGGGCUGGGGAGUUUCCUCUCAACUAUCGGGGGAGAAACUCCCCACAAGCCGGUGUUUUCCUCCCGGGGGCCGCGUUCCCCGCCCCGCGUAGCGGCGGUUGCCGCCGCCGCCGCCGCUGCCGCCGCCGCCGCCGGUGCCUCCAACCUCUGCCAUCUCUUCACCACCUCGGGCCCCGGUGUCCCCGGCCAGCACUAUGCCCAUCUUACUGUUCCUGAUAGACACGUCUGCCUCUAUGAACCAGCGCAGCCAUCUGGGCACCACCUACCUGGACACGGCCAAAGGCGCGGUAGAGACCUUCAUGAAGCUCCGUGCCCGGGACCCUGCCAGCCGAGGAGACAGGUAUAUGCUGGUCACUUUCGAAGAGCCGCCCUAUGCUAUCAAGGCUGGAUGGAAGGAAAAUCAUGCAACGUUUAUGAAUGAACUGAAAAACCUUCAGGCAGAAGGACUUACGACUCUUGGCCAAUCCCUAAGGACAGCUUUUGAUUUGUUAAAUUUAAAUAGAUUAGUAACUGGCAUAGACAACUAUGGGCAGGGAAGAAACCCUUUUUUCUUGGAGCCAGCAAUAAUUAUUACAAUCACUGAUGGGAGCAAGUUGACUACUACCAGUGGUGUCCAGGAUGAGCUAAAGGAGCAGCCCAGUGGUUUUCAAGAAGUGCCAAAGUGCACUGACUGUCUCAUGAUGACUGGUGCCUCAGGGAGGGUCAUGAUUCCUGGGUCCAGGAUCAUCGACCUGAUCCUGGAUGUCACUUCAAGCGCUUGUCUAAUGGCUAGCCUUCCUCAAAAGUCUGAUGCUAGUCAUCUCGGAAGGCCUCAGAAAGCCUUGAAGCUCCAUUUACCUCUUAAUUCUCCUUUGCCUGGAAGUGAAUUGACCAAGGAACCUUUUCGUUGGGAUCAGAGACUCUUUGCUUUAGUACUGCGGUUGCCUGGCACCAUGUCAGUAGAAUCAGAGCAGUUGACAGGUGUGCCUUUGGAUGAUUCUGCUAUCACACCAAUGUGUGAAGUGACAGGAGGCCGCUCAUACUCUGUGUGUUCUCCAAGAAUGCUUAAUCAGUGUCUGGAGUCCUUGGUGCAGAAAGUGCAGAGUGGGGUGGUAAUAAACUUUGAAAAGGCAGGACCAGAUCCUUCCCCUGUAGAAGCUAUAGACGGGCAGCCAGAUAUAUCAAGACCUUUUGGAUCUCAGCCUUGGCAUAGCUGUCACAAACUCAUAUAUGUCAGACCAAAUCCUAAAACCGGGGUUCCUAUAGGCCACUGGCCGGUUCCAGAGUCUUUUUGGCCAGAUCAGAAUUCUCCAACACUACCACCUCGUACGUCUCAUCCUGUAGUGAAGUUUUCGUGUACAGACUGUGAGCCAAUGGUAAUCGACAAACUGCCUUUUGACAAAUAUGAGUUGGAACCUUCACCACUGACUCAGUUUAUUCUAGAAAGGAAAUCUCCUCAAACAUGUUGGCAGGUAUAUGUGAGCAAUAGUGCAAAGUAUAAUGAACUUGGUCAUCCCUUUGGUUACUUGAAAGCUAGUACAGCACUGAACUGUGUCAACUUAUUUGUGAUGCCUUACAAUUACCCAGUCCUCCUUCCUCUCUUAGAUGACUUGUUCAAAGUGCACAAAGCCAAGCCAACACUGAAGUGGAGACAGUCAUUUGAAAGUUAUUUGAAGACAAUGCCUCCCUACUAUCUUGGGCCCUUGAAGAAAGCUGUUAGAAUGAUGGGCGCACCUAAUCUAAUAGCAGACAGUAUGGAGUAUGGACUCAGUUACAGUGUCAUUUCAUACCUCAAAAAAUUGAGUCAGCAGGCCAAAAUUGAAUCUGAUAGAGUCAUCGGAUCUGUGGGCAAAAAAGUAGUGCAGGAAACUGGAAUUAAAGUCCGAAGCCGGUCACAUGGUUUGUCAAUGGCACAUCGGAAAGGUUUUCAACAAAUGCUGCAGGGAAUUUCAGAGGAUGUUCCCCACAGGCUGCUAGAUCUUAAUAUGAAGGAGUACACUGGCUUCCAGGUUGCCUUACUAAAUAAGGAUUUGAAGCCUCAGACCUUUAGAAAUGCUUAUGAUAUACCAAGACGGAAUCUUCUGGAUCAUUUAACAAGAAUGAGAUCUAAUCUUUUAAAGAGCACUCGAAAAUUUCUUAAAGGCCAGGAUGAAGAUCAAGUACACAGUGUACCUAUAGCACAAAUGGGGAAUUACCAGGAAUACCUCAAGCAAGUACCUUCUCCACUGAGAGAGCUUGAUCCUGAUCAGCCUCGAAGGUUGCAUACAUUUGGCAAUCCCUUCAAACUGGAUAAAAAGGGUAUGAUGAUAGAUGAAGCAGAUGAAUUUGUGGCUGGACCUCAAAAUAAACACAAACGGCCUGGAGAGCCAAGCAUGCAAGGGAUCCCGAAGAGGCGCCGGUGUGCCUCUCCACUCUUGAGAGGCCGGCGGCAGAGCCCUGCUGUGAACAGCCACAUCGGAGGGAAAGGACCGCCUGCACCCAUGACUCAAGCACAGCCAGGUCUUAUUAAACCCCUUCCUCUGCAUAAAGAAGCCACUAAUGAUUCAACAGUAGAUGAUGUGGUUGAAAAUCACGUUGCAGACCAGCUUUCAUCAGACAUGACACCAAAUGCUAUGGAUACUGAAUUUUUAACAUCUCCAGCCAGUCUUCUGGAACCAUCAACCAAUCAUACAGAGGCCCUUGGUCAUGAACAUUUAGGAAAUAAUGACCUCACUGCUGGUGGAUUUUUAGAAAAUCAUGACGAGCCAAGAAAUAAAGAACAAAGUGCUGAAGAGAAUAUACCAGCAUCUUCCCUCAGCAAAGGAAAGAAAUCGGUGCAUUGCAGAAGCCAUGAGGAGGUCAACACGGAACUAAAAGCACAAAUAAUGAAAGAGAUCCGAAAGCCAGGAAGAAAAUAUGAAAGAAUCUUCACUUUACUGAAGCAUGUGCAAGGCAGUUUACAAACAAGGCUAAUAUUUUUACAGAAUGUCAUUAAGGAAGCAUCCAGGUUUAAAAAACGAAUGCUAAUAGAACAACUGGAGAACUUCUUGGAUGAAAUUCAUCGAAGAGCCAAUCAAAUCAACCAUAUUAAUAGCAAUUAAAAGAAAAUAGAAUGUGGCCACUUAUUUCACAGUCUUCUCCAAAUACAAAGUAAAUACAAGACUGUUGUAAUCUUGCAUUCAUUCUUUGACAUGCAUUGUUGGCUAUUUGAAAUACUAAAAACAGUCUACAGAUCCUUUCCAUCAUUUUACAGUGACCUUUUCAUUUUGGUUUAUUUUUGUAAUGUGAAAAGUAUCACUAAUUUUUUUUUUUUUUUUUAAUUUAACAAACUAAAACUGUUCUCCAAAUCCUCCGCUUGUCAUUGGCUCUUGCGUGUCAGUUUCCCUCAGGUUAUAUUUUCUUAAACCAACCUUUAAAAUUGUCAGCUCUGUUAAGGUUGAACUUUGCCAAAAAAAAGAAAAAAGAAAAAAAAGAAAAAAAAUUAAAAAGAAGUUACUUUGUAAUUUUUGGGGAAAAAAGCACAUACAUUAAGAACUAGGUAAUGUUUUGUAUAUACAGUUAUUUUGGAUAUAUUAUUGUAAGUUGUACAAAUGUAUUUUGAAGAAUAUUUAAGAAAAGCACUUUUGUUAUUCCAUCAAUAAAUGCUCUAUUUUACUCUUGUGUGGUUUAGGAAAUAAUCACAUUUAAAGUAACUACUUAAGAACAUUCUAAGACAAUGGAAUUUUAAAGGCCUUGCUUUUAGCAUUGAAAAAUACACAACUUAAUAUUUGUUAAACUA